AUGUUCUCAAUACCAUUCCUCCGCUUGGGGAAUUCCCUCACAAUACUACUAUGCGCAUUAUCGAUGCUGAGCCCGGUGUCGGCCAAAUCAGCAGCAGAUUACUAUGUCCACUCAUUACCAGGAGCUCCAGAGGGUCCAUUCCUGAAGAUGCAUGCUGGACACAUCGAAGUCAACCCCGAAGCCAACGGCAAUCUGUUCUUCUGGCACUUCCAGAAUCGUCAUAUCGCGAACCGACAGCGGACUGUUAUCUGGCUAAAUGGUGGUCCAGGAUGCAGCUCUAUGGAUGGUGCGUUGAUGGAAGUCGGUCCAUACCGUCUGAAGGACGACCACACGUUGGAAUACAACCCGGGUCGGUGGGAUGAGUUCGCGAACCUCCUGUUCGUCGAUAACCCUGUUGGUACUGGAUUCAGCUACGUGAACACUGACAGCUAUGUCCAUGAGCUGGAUGAGAUGGCGGCCCAGUUUAUCAUAUUCAUGGAGAAGUUCUUUGAAAUGUUCCCUGAAUAUGAAAGCGAUGACCUCUACUUCGCAGGUGAAUCCUACGCCGGUCAACAUAUUCCGUACAUUGCAAAGGCCGUUCAAGAGCGCAACAAGGCUGUUGUGGCGAAUGGAGGCCGCAAGUGGCCCCUCAAGGGUCUGCUCAUCGGCAACGGUUGGAUCUCACCCGCAGACCAGUACCCUUCGUACGUGAAAUUUGCCGAGAGGGAAGGUCUCAUCAAAGAGGGUACCCCAAUCCACCACAAUCUGAACGUGCUCAACGAAGUCUGCCUCUCGAAGCUGGAAACCCCCGGCGCAAAGAACAAAGUGGACGUCGAUUCGUGCGAGCUCGUCCUGCGACAAUUCCUCCAGCUCACAACCGAGGACCAAAAAUGCUACAACAUGUACGACAUCCGACUAAAGGACACAUACCCCUCAUGUGGCAUGAGCUGGCCCCCCGACCUGGAAAAUAUCGAACCCUACCUCCAACGCCCAGACGUCAUCAAAGCUCUGAACAUCAACCCAGCCAAGAAAUCCGGCUGGCAGGAAUGCUCCGGUCUCGUCGGCCAAGCCUUUACAGCAAAGAAUUCCGUCCCCUCCGUAAAUCUCCUCCCAGACCUCAUCGAGUCGGGAAUCAACAUCCUCCUCUUCAGCGGCGACAAAGAUCUCAUCUGCAACCAUAUUGGCACGGAAACCCUUAUUCACAACAUGAAGUGGAAGGGUGGGACAGGCUUCGAAACAAGUCCUGGUGUCUGGGCCCCGCGUCACGACUGGUCUUUUGAAGGCGAACCUGCGGGUAUCUACCAACACGCGCGGAAUUUGACUUAUGUCCUGUUCUACAAUUCCAGCCACAUGGUACCCUUCGAUAAUCCGCGUCAGAGCCGUGAUAUGCUCGAUCGCUUUAUGAAAGUCGAUAUUGGGAGUAUUGGUGGCCAGCCAACCGAUUCGCGCAUCGAUGGUGAAAAAUUGCCUCAGACUUCUGUCGGUGGGCAGGCAAAUAGUACUGCUGCUGAGCAGCAUGAGAAAGAGAAACUCAAACAGACUGAGAUGCAUGCUUAUACCAAGUCUGGUGAGGCGAUUCUCGUCAUUGUUAUCAUUGGUGUCACGAUCUGGGGAUUCUUUAUCUGGCGCAGUCGUCGUGCUCACAAGGGGUACAAGGGUGUGAAGGUUAAUGAGAUGCUGGAUAAUUCUAUCCUGAAUAGAUUCCAGUCCAAGCGCUCGGGAAGGGAUGUUGAGGCUGGUGACUUUGAUGAGUCGGAGCUCGACAAUCUUCAUUCUCCUGAGCAUUAUGCUGUUGGAGAUGUCAGUGAUGAUGAGCACGAGCAUGAGCCUGAGCAUGAAACGCGGACAUGA